AUGGUCGUCACCAUCAAUCAUCUCCCGAACGAGAUCCUCGAUCAGAUCUUCUCCCACUUAGAUCGCCCAGCGCCGUCGGACUCGAAGCUUCACGACCAGCCAUCCUCGUUUAUGCUGCAGAAUAUCUUCUUCGAUCGAGACCUCAAGACCACUUCCCUUGUAUGCAAGCGAUGGCGAGAUGCUAUACUGCCCACUCUGUUCCGUCAUGUCGUAUGGACCUUCGACCGGUUCGAGCUGCCGCUGAUGGAAGAGACGGGAGACCCAGCAUCCGCAAUCGACUUUCUUGUUUUCCUCAGGACUAACAAUCUGACCAAUCAUGUUAAAUCACUGUCACUCUUUGUCGAGGAUGCCAUGGGCGGCAUCUCGAACGGCACCAGCAGCGCCACGCUCAUGGAGACCGGUUUCGCCAACAAAGCCUCCUACAGCGAAGAUUACAACUGGCUAUGGAGGACCAUCUUCGACCAUGUCGAUCCUAUCCGGUUUACAAUCAUCGCAUCGCCGCGAGUACUGGCACAAUUGCUAUCGCGCAUGCUCUUCCUCGGAGAUGCGUGGAACUUCUCCAUGCCCCAGCAUGUCCUUUCUCUCUCGCGGAAAGACAGGAAGAUGCCCGCAACGAGACACAAGUCUACCGCUACCGCCUCGUCGAGCCAGUCACCCCCUCCAGAGGCAUCGCACCAGAAACGUGUCCCCUGUGACCUCUUCACCAUCCGCCCGUGGCAAGCUCUCCUGCUCAACGAGGGCUCCUCGACCCGCGUCUACAAGACAUACGAGUUCUACUUCAAGCGUCCGCCGUCCAUCCUCGGUGCCCUCCUCGGAUCUGAAGAAUUCCCCAAUGACGAGUCGAUGGUGCCGCCGUCCAUCCGCGACCUGUCCUACGUCGGCAUCUUCCCCCUCUCGAGCCACUUCAAUACCCUCGUGCAGAACAUUCCCCGCCUCGACCGCCUUUUUGUGCAGCUUGUGCCCCGGAACGACAUCCUGCAGGACGCUGACGAGAUGCGCAACGUGGACCUCGUCGACCUGUGGAUGGAGCGCAACACAGCCUACUCGAUGCUGUUCCGCGAGCUCUUCGACCCGGACAUGGACAGCCCCUGGCUCGACCUACAGGUCUUUGAGAGCGGUGAUGCAGCGGACAAGGAGGCAUGGGAGAUGGCUGUGCAGUUCGUGCAGUUCAGCGGCGUCCAGGGGUGGAAGGUCGAGAGCGAGGGCGUCUUCGUCCGUGAUGGGGGGGAAGGCGUCAGCGCGAUCCUCGGCAUGUCUCACCUCCCAGGUCGACUUAGACGCAUGGCGUUUAAUGGAAUCACCGUGUUGCCUGUUUCCAGUGUAUCGCUCUAUAUGGGAGACGCAGCCGCUCCAUAG